UGUUGGACCUUUUAGCUCCGCCUUGAACCGGAAGCGGUCCUGUUGUCUCUCGAUCGGCGUUUUAUCAUCCGCAGCCUCAUUCCUCCCUGAAGUUACAGUAGAAUAAUGAAUUGAACUCUGUAAUUUACUCUUUACAUUCUACAGAUCGACCGUCUAAUCCUCCUCUGUGCUCGGGCUGAUAGUGUUCGCGGGAUCUCGUCGCUGUUGAGAUGUCAGUGGUGGGCUUUGAUGUGGGGUUUCUGAGCUGCUAUGUAGCGGUAGCUCGCGCCGGAGGAAUAGAGACCGCGGCCAAUGAAUACAGCGACCGAAGCACACCAGCAUGUGUGUCUUUUGGGCCACGAAAUCGAUCUAUUGGAGCGGCAGCUAAAAGCCAGAUGGUCACCAAUUGCAAAAACACUGUCCAAGGAUUCAAGCGUUUCCAUGGUCGGGCGUUCUCGGAUCCGUUUGUCCAGAACUUGAAGUCCAGUCUCGUUUAUGACCUGUCACAGAUGCCUUCGGGAACGACGGGCAUAAAGGUGAUGUACAUGGAGGAGGAGAAGGUGUUCAGCAUUGAACAGAUUACUGCGAUGCUCCUCACCAAACUCAAGGAGACUGCCGAGAGCGCCCUCAAGAAACCCGUCGCCGAUUGUGUCAUCUCUGUCCCCUGCUUCUACACCGAUGCUGAGAGGAGAUCCGUCAUCGAUGCGGCUCAGAUCGCAGGACUCAACUGUCUGAGGCUCAUGAAUGAAACCACCGCAGUGGCUCUGGCUUACGGGAUCUACAAGCAGGAUCUUCCCACUCCUGAAGAAAAGCCAAGGACAGUGGUGUUUGUGGAUAUUGGCCAUUCAGGCUACCAGGUCUCUGUGUGUGCCUUUAAUAAAGGCAAGCUUAAGAUUCUUGCUACAGCCUUUGACCCUGAAAUGGGAGGAAAAGACUUCGAUGAGCGGCUGGUCAAACAUUUUUGUGAGGAGUUUGCCGUGAAGUACAAGCUGGAUGUGAAGUCCAAGCCCAGAGCUUUGGUCCGACUCUACCAGGAAUGUGAGAAGCUCAAGAAGCUGAUGAGCGCCAACUCCUCUGACCUGCCGCUGAACAUCGAGUGCUUCAUGAAUGAUAUCGAUGUCUCCAGCAAACUCAACAGGGCUCAGUUUGAAGAGAUGUGCGCUGAUAUUUUAGCCCGAGUGGAGCCUCCGCUGCGCAGUCUAUUGGAGCAAGCUCAUCUGAAGAAAGAUGACAUCCAUGCUGUAGAAAUAGUGGGCGGAGCCUCUAGAAUGCCAGCCAUCAAAGAAAGAAUCAACAAGUUCUUUGGGAAGGAGCCGAGCACGACGCUGAAUGCAGAUGAGGCUGUGGCCAGAGGAUGUGCCCUUCAGUGCGCUAUCCUCUCCCCUGCUUUUAAAGUGCGUGAGUUCUCCACAACAGACGUUGUUCCGUUUCCCAUCUCUCUGAAGUGGAAUUCUGCAGCUGAAGAUGGAGUCAGCGACUGUGAGGUCUUCCCAAAGAACCAUGCAUCACCUUUCUCCAAAGUGCUGACGUUUUACCGCAGAGAGCCGUUCUCUUUGGAAGCGUACUACAACUGCCCUAAAGAGCUCCCUUAUCCAGAUCCCACAAUAGGCCAGUAUGUGAUCCAGAAGGUGAUUCCCCAGGCCUCUGGCGAGAGCUCAAAGAUUAAGGUGAAGGUGCGAGUCAAUAUCCACGGGAUCUUCAGUGUGUCCAGUGCUUCGCUAGUGGAGGUGCAGAAAUCUGAGGAAGAAGAGGAGAGCAUGGACACCGAGCACAGCACAGAGAAAGAGAAUGAGAGCAAAAUGCAGGUUGAUCAAGAUGAACAAAAGACUCCAGGGACCGGAGAACAGGAAAAUGAAGAGAAAAAAGCCGGAACAGAGGAAAUGGAGACAUCAGCAGAGGAAGGCAGACAGGAGAAGAAAUCCGAUCAGCCUCCACAAGCCAAGAAGGCCAAAGUGAAAACAAAGGUCCUGGAGCUGCCCAUCGAGAACAACCCACAGUGGCAGUUAGCCAAUGACAUGCUCAACCUCUUCGUGGAGAGCGAGGGUAAGAUGAUCAUGCAGGACAAGCUUGAGAAGGAGCGGAACGAUGCCAAGAACUAUGUGGAGGAGUAUGUGUACGAGAUGAGGGACAAACUGCACGGGAUAUUCGAGAAGUUCGUCAACGAGAGCGACAGAGAUGCUCUCUCAUUAAAACUGGAGGACACUGAGGUCUGGCUGUAUGAGGACGGUGAAGACCAGCCUAAACAAGUAUACAUUGAUAAACUGGUUGAUCUGAAGAGUCUCGGCCAACCCAUUCAAGACAGAUACACAGAGUUUGAGGAGAGACCCAAAGCAUUUGAUGAGUUGGGCAGACAGCUGCAGCAAUACAUGAAGAUUGUAGAGGCCUACAAAACCAAGGAAGAGCAGUAUGACCAUCUGGAGGAGGCUGAGGUUCAGAAGGUGGACAGGAUGGUGAACGAUGUCAUGAUCUGGAUGAACAGUAAAAUGAACCAGCAGAGUAAACAGAGUCUCGCCGUGGAGCCUGUGGUGAAAACGACAGAGAUACAGGCCAAAACACGGGAGCUGUUCUCCACUUGCAAUCCCAUUGUGACCAAACCCAAGCCCAAAGUGGACUUGCCAAAAGAAGAGAACCCCUCAGAACCGAAUGGGCCGGUCAAUACGCAAGAAAACCCUGAAGCCCAGCCCAGCGGCACAGAGCAAGCAGCUGCAGACGGUGCAGAAGCCAAGCCUGACAUGGACCUUGAUUAACCGCGCUGUGUAAUGUUAUGUUAACGUUACACGUUAUGUUAUGUAACAUAAUGUUUUGUUAAUGUUAACUUAUGUUUCCAGUGACUGCUAACGCUAAAUCAUCAUCCUCACGGCGGGGUGACUCUGCCAAUGAGAGAAUCAGUGGCUACAUUUGCAUGUCCUUUUAUAUUAAGAAAAACAUAAAUCACAAUGCUGUACGACUUUGAGAACAAUUCUGUCUGCCAACGAUGGAUUGAGUUUCUGUUAUAUGCUGGUUCUGUCAACUGUUGUUUCAAUAAA